GGGUGGAGCAUCUGCAAAUAGGCUCUUGUUUUAACCACAACCACAUCCUUAGUGUCAUAUUUUCGUCACAAGCAGUCAAGCACUCUGACUGUGCAUGUUGAUCAGUAGAUUGGCAUGGUAUGAAUGUCAAGGCUUGUGCAAUGUACAACUGGUGUUUGAUUGAGAACAACAGAAUUUUAUUUUCUUUCAAAUUUUAGAUUUUUGUAAACCGACUCGAUGGGAGUGAUAUCAAGUUUGCAUGUGGGCUCUGUACAAUGCAUUUGAGCAGGGCUGGCCGCAGAUUCUUUUCCUCCUCUUCCAUGAUGGCUCUAUGGCAAGCCAUAGCCUUGCUUGUAGUUUGUGGACUUAUUGAGUGCAGUGUUGCUUUGAGAAGAAAUGCUACGGUUUCUGUAGCUCGAUUGACCACAUUUCCUCUCACAUCACCGUUUGCAGAUGACGGCGUGUGCAACGUGACCUGCACCACAGACUUUAUAUCCAUGCUCAACUGCUCCAAUUCUGACUCGGCAGGAGCAGCUUCGUGUCACGUUGUGGCAGAUUGCAGGGAUGGAGUUGAACCUGUGAAUGGGAGCUGCACUAUCAAUUCGCCACAAUCCUGGUGCACAAUCGAGUCCGAGGAUAUGGAUCUGAUAAUGUCCUUUGUUACUAACUGCUCUAUCAUAGUAACACAAAUGGCCAAACAAGGCAAUAUGGAGACCCCAACAAAGACUGAAGAAAUAAUUUUAUACAAAUAUGUUAAGCCAAAACAACCUUUCAACCUAAACAUUACAAAAAUUGAUGGGGAAUUCAAACUCACUUGGGAUGUGGCUUAUACAGAACACUUUCUGUAUAAAAAAUUAUACUACAGAGUACGAUUACGAACUAAAAGUGACCCAGAUGAGAUGGCGAAAAUUUACACCCUGCAGCAGAGCCAACAAUCAAUGGUUAUCAUCAGUGAAAAACUCCUGCCAGGAAGGCAGUAUGUGGCAGAAGUUCAGGUUGCAGUGCAUCCUUCAACUUUUACAUCCAUGUGGAGUGAAUGGAGCAACAGCGUUGAAUGGACUUCUGACUCUCCAGUGUCAGAACAGUACUAUUUCCUGCUGUUGGCACUUCCUGUUGUGGUGGUGGUGCUGCUUGUGUACAGUGGGAAAUUAGGGGGCAUCAAAAAGCUGUCCUUAUGGCAACACAUCCCAAGCCCUCAUGAGUACUUCACACCACUCUACCAUACAUAUCAAGGAGAUUUUAAGAGAUGGGUCGGACCAGUCCUGACCUUCAACAACUUUGAUGUCCUUGAGAAGAGCACCACUCUGCAGGUGCUUUGUGAGAAACCGCAGAAUGAACGCUCGGAGGAACCUGCUAACAGGACCGGCGAACGGGACUUUGGUCCAGCGGAUCAAAACUCAUCUAAACUCUACUUCCUUGGAAGCAACAGUCAAGGCAUCGCACACUCCGGUGGCCACAUAUCGAUGGACACCGUUACAGUGUCCGGUCAGGAGGGCGUCAUGGCCGACUGGUCCGGUGACAGUCACAGACGGAGCCUAGAGGACUUCCUCAACAGUAAAGAUGCCAAUCAGAGAGCGGCUGAGAUGGAUGACAGGCAGCCUCUUGUACCGGAUGGCAGGAGGAGUUUACAGGGUUCAGACUUUGAUGACUGGCAUCUACAGGAGCACGACCUGGAGAACAUCGAGCAGGUCUCGCUGGACUCCUACAGUUCAAAUGAGCAGUCCGAUGAUGGCUACCCACAAAUGGGUUUGGAUUUGGACACUAUAGACAGUGGAUUUCUGGAGUCAGACUGUUCCAGCCCCUCUGCGUUUGAUGGGAACGAGCAGAUGGAGACUUCUUCACUGGAAGGUGUGGGAUGCUCCCAUUCAAAUUAUGUCAAACAGUGGGUGGCUUUUACAUCAGUUCAAGUUGAUGCCCACAGCAAUGGAAAGUAGCUGUUCAUGGGCGUUUCUAUUGCUACAACAAACUAAAUCACUGCUGAAUAAUAGGCAAUAGAAAGUGAAAGAAUCUACAAAUUGCAAGAAGACUUCACUGGUUGGACCUAACUUGCACACAAUGUGUUUGUGAGCUGUUUUUUAUUACACUGAACUGUAUUUGUGACAUAAAUGGACUCAUUAGACAUCAGUUGUGUGAUCAUUCUCAGGACAUUGGUCUACAUUAAGACUGCAGGACAGUAUGUGUAGCUGAAAAUCUCAAUUUGCAUACUGUAAUUCCUUUAGGUCUAUAGACUUUAGUCAGGGUAGCGCCAUAUUUAAUAUGACUGGUUUGGAAACGAGGCUGUGAGAGCAUGAAGUACGGUGCAUUCAAAGGAUUGUAGUGUUGUUUAAAAAUAUACCAAUUCUUCCACUGAAGAAAGAGAAAAAAAAAAAAAAAAAAAACUUUGUAAAGUCUGUAAGCCUGUCCUUCACAGCCUCGUUUUAAUCCAUGUUAAAUUCAAUAUGGCGUCUAACAUGAUUAAGUUCUGUAAUCAGAGGUUGUGCUACUAAUGAUAAUUAUUUGUCACUAAUGGACUGGGUUGUACUUUUUCCGUCAUACUCUAUUUUUAUAUUUCAGUAAAAUUUUGUAACACUUGAUCAUUUUUAAUGUGACUUUGCCACAAGAACUUCUCAUGAAUUACUGUCUUCAAUUCCUACUUUUGAAAUCAAAUUAAGUUGUAGUUUAUUUUUAAAUAAUUCAUUUUACUCUGAGGCAGGUUUCCAUAAUUAGUGUCCUUUGAGGCCCGUUCACACCAAGAAAUCUAAGAGAAUUCACGCUACGACUCCAACAAUAAAGAUGUACGAUUCCACUUUCAGAAUGAUGUUUUCCAGCUGAUGAACAAUAAAGGCAUUGACUGCCAAUCAGAAUCCAUCCUGCUUUAACAAGCUCAAGCACUUAAAGCAUGCUUCUAUGUAAAUAGAACUUUAUUGUGCAUUGGUGUGGAUGCUAAUAUAGUUAGCAUUCUUGGUGUGAAUGAUAAAAAGCAUUCUGAAUUAUGCAUUUGCAAUUUUGCCAAACUAACCACAUAACCUCUGCAUUUAGUGUGCAAGAGUAGAAUUAGUGCAUGCCAAAUCAUGCUCCAUUGGGAAAAAAAAAAAAAAACAUGCCAAAAGUGCAGGGGUUUUUACUAUGUCAGGUGACCUGUCCAAAAAAGAUUAAUCUCUGCAUAUUUUUUGUUAAAUUCAAGAUUUGGUAACUGAAAAACCCAUACUGAUCAACUAUUCAAAGUAUUUACAGAAAGUGUAAAUAUGUUUGGAACCUAAAGUAACAUAUUUAGCUACAUGCUAACACAAACAAUACAUGACAGGGGUUUGUGGUGAUUUUAUGAUGUGGCUGUAUGUCUCAAUACUGGCAUACCAUCUUACUACGUACUCAGCUGCAGCUGAAGUACAUUUAUUCAGCAUGUAGCAAAAGUAUGGGAUGUGUGGUGAGACCAGUGUUUAGAUACUGAUUAUCUAAUGAGGUAAGACUGAGAAUUAUGCAUUUUGUGACUUUUUGUUUUGCGUGACAAAGGCAUGAGCUUGCAGUUCUUUUGUCAUUGAACACGAUGUUGCAGUUAUCAGAGUUUGCUCUGAGCAAGAUAAGGCAUGUUUCAGAUAGAUCUACAAAAUGCCAGCCACCUGAUAAUACUACGGGUAUUUCUACAUAUCAGAUCUUUUGCACAAAUCAUUAGCUCAGCAGAGAGAAUAUUAGAUUGUUUUGUUUUGUUUGGGGGAUUUUUUUGUCAAGUGCUUUUUAACCUUUUCAUUUUUCCAUUAAUGCUCUGAGUUUCAUGAAAUGAUUCAUGCACUUUAAUUUUAAUGAUAUGAUUAUUUAUUACUGAGGAAGUAGACACUUUGAUGGUUAGAGGUGAUUACAGAUUUUAUUUGCAGCGGGUUUGAAGUAAACUUACAUUACUGUUUUAGCCUUAUUACCGUACAAUUUGUUUGUUUAAAAGCUAUUCAGCCAAAUAAGUAUUAACAAGCAAGUUUUCCUGGUAGCACUUUACAAUAAAGUUCAUUGGUUAACAUUAGUUACCUACAUUAGUUAACAUGAACUAAGAAUGGAUAAUACAUCUACAGCAUUUAUUAAUCUUAGUUAAUGUUAAUUUCAGCAUUUACUAAUGCAUUAUUAAAAUCACAAGUUUUGUUUUUUAACAUUAGUUAAUGCACUGUGAGCUAACAUGAACAAACAAUGAAUGACUGUAUUUUUAUUAACUAACAUUAGCAAAGAUUAAUAAAGAGUGUAAUAAAUGUAUUCGUUCAUGAUAAUUAAUAGAUUAACUAAUGUUAACAAAUGACACCUUAUUGUAAAGUGUUACCGUUUUCCUUAUAUAAGAAACAUCAACUUGUAUAGCAACAUUUGAGCCCUUAUUUUUCAAACUGUAUAUGCAGGAGCACUUUUAAAACGUUUUCUGCAACAGCUGAAAGUGAAAGAUGAAAAGGACACUGUGACAUACAGUAGAAAGCCACAAAUAAAAGUUCACAUUUGUAACUUUUAAUCUCUUGAAUCACUGCGCUAAAUGUCAGCUGCAGUCAUUUAUAGAAUCAGUCAUACGUGGGGAAAGUCACAUCAAGAUGUUUCUGACUGGAAAUGUUACAGAUGUGUAAUUUAGUAUAAUAAAAAAAUAACAAAGAA